AUGAAGCAAGGGAAGCAGCUCUUGGUUUCUGCCCUGGUGCUUCUUUGUGCCACAUGGAGUGCAAAUGGAGGGAACAUUUUGGUGUGGUACACCGAGGGCAGCCACUGGAUUAACAUGAAGCCUGUGUUGGAGACACUGAUUGACAGGGGACACAAGGUGACAGUGCUUGUGCCGAGCUCUUCAAUGUUUAUGAACAUCAGUGAGCCUUCACGCUUUAGCUACGAACCGUUCAACGUCCUCCUUACAAAGGGGGAGAUGGACAAGGUAAUGCAAGACAUGUUUCAGUUUUUUAUAUAUGAGGCUGACCACAUGAGCUACUGGCAGAUUUACAACAGAUUCAUGGAGCUAAUAAAGGUCAACAUGGAGAACACAAUGAAGCUUUUAGAUGGAGUGCUGAAAUCAGAAACCAUCAUGAUGAAGCUGAAGGCAGGACAAUACGAUCUUCUCUUUUCUGACCCCAUCUUUCCAGGCAGUGAAAUAGUAGCAGAUAUAUUAGGAGUCCCUCUGGUGUUGACUCUUCGUUUUUCAAUGGCCCAUUACUUGGAGAGACAUUGCGGUCAGAUACCAGCGCCACCUUCGUUUGUCCCUGCCGCUAUGAGCAAACUGACUGAUAAGAUGACCUUUAUGGAGAGAGUGUGGAACUUUCUUUUUUACCCAUUGCAGGACAUUUUACAGGCAAAUAACAUGUGGACAGACGUGGAUAAAUAUUACUCAGACUACACAGGAAAACCCACCAGUGCCUGUGAGUUGUUAGGUAAAGCUGAUAUCUGGUUGAUGCGGACCUACUGGGAUUUUGACUUCCCUCGACCUUUCCUCCCAAACUUCAAAUUUGUUGGUGGAAUUCAUUGCAGACCUGCUAAACCUUUGCCAAAGGACAUGGAGGAGUUUGUGCAAAGCUCUGGAGAUGCUGGCGUUGUGGUCUUCACUUUGGGAUCAAUGAUCAAAAACAUGACGAGAGAAAAAGGAAACAUGGUAGCCGCUGGACUUGCUCAGAUCCCUCAAAAGGUGCUGUGGAGAUACAGCGGAGAAAAACCAGAAACUCUUGGUGCCAACACCAGAAUCUACAACUGGAUCCCCCAGAAUGAUCUUUUGGGUCACCCCAAGACCAGAGCUUUCAUCACCCAUGGUGGAGCAAAUGGGAUUUACGAGGCCAUCUACCACGGUGUUCCCAUGGUGGGUAUUCCCUUGUUUGGUGACCAGCCAGACAACAUGGCCCAUCUGAAGGCUAAGGGAGCUGCAGUUACCUUGGAAAUCAACUUCAUGACAUCUGAAGAUCUUAGAGAUGCAGUCAGUACUGUCAUCAAUGAUAAAUCGUACAAAGAGAAUGCCAUGCAGCUAUCCAGCAUCCACCAUGACAGACCAAUGAGUCCUCGAGAUGAAGCUGUUUUCUGGAUCGAGAGCACCAUGAGAAACAAAGGCGCCAAGCACCUCAGAGUGCAGAGCCAUGAGCUCACCUGGUAUCAGUAUCACUGUCUGGACGUCCUGGCAUUUUUCCUCUCCAUUGAUCUGUUGUUGAUAUUCAUCUUCAUCAAGACCUGCAGAUUCUGCUUUAGGAGGUGCUGUGGGACAAAAAGUACAACAAAGAGAAAGGCUGAGUGAUUUCUAAUGAAACACAAACAGUUUAAAUGAGAUCCAGGGGUUGUCUCAAUUAUGUUUUGUGUCCAGAGAAAGACUAAGGCCCUGUCCACGUGGAGACGAAAAUGAUAUAUUGCGGUUUCGUUUUGAAAAAGUUUUCCGUUUUCCGAAUUCGUCUCCGUGUGGAUGGAGCCUAAGUUCUUUGCUCUGGACUUCAAACAACUAAUUGAGACAAUAAUAUGAAGAAAAUUUCUCAAAAUGAGUACAAGUAUCAGGCACAAGUGUGAAAA